GUUCAACACACUGCGUUUGCGUCUGCGUAGAAAUCCUACGAAACGCAUUGCGUUGGUGUGAAUGCGUCGAACGGGAAAUAUUGCGUACCGGUAGGGGUGAUCAGUCGUUCUUCAGUUUUGGUGUUGAUAUUUUCAAAGGUAUAUUCAGGUAGUAGAGUUUAAGUGUCGGAUUCCGUUGUUACCUGAAAGUUUCCAUGGAUGCCAGACAGUUGAUUGGCCCUGGCAAGGGUCGUGGAAAGGGAAGAGGUCGAUCCAACAGUGGUCAAAUGGGAGGUUAUGAUGGAAGACAUACUUCUUCUUCAAUGUCCACUAAUGCUAAAGCAUCGGCAAUCUUCGAAAACACAAGAAUCCUACAUGCACAGGCAUCUCAGCAGGCAAUGAAAAAUCAAGAUAUGUAUGAAUCUUCAUCGGAAGAAGAUGAUUUAGACGAAGAUCAGAUUUUGUCACAAUUGAUGAAAAAUUAUAAAGGUACAUUGAAUGGAUCUGAUGCAGAUGAUAAUAAUUCCAUAAGUACCAGACAAUACUUGUACGAAAGUUGUCAGUCUGGAGCAAUAACAUGUCUUGUUUGUAUUUCAAGUGUAAAACGACAAGAAGCAAUUUGGAAUUGCUAUGGCUGUUUUGCAACAUUUCACUUGAGUUGUAUACAGAGGUGGAUAAGAGAAGGUAUAGCUAGGAAGAGUGUCUUAUCUGAUGAACAUUUUUCUAAUAAGGAGCAUCCUUGGUAUUGCCCCAAAUGCAGGUUCGAGUACAAACAACAUGAAUGUCCGACUCGUUAUAUUUGUUAUUGUGGAAAAGUUGAAGAUCCACAAUUCGAUCCAUGGUUGGUACCUCAUUCAUGUGGUGCAACAUGUGAAAGGCUAUUAAGGCCGACUUGUGGUCACAAAUGUCUAUUGCUUUGCCAUCCAGGUCCGUGUCCUCCUUGCCCCAAAAUGGUCAAGACAAGUUGCUAUUGUGGGAAGAAACCUCAAACUGUAAGAAGGUGCGGAGCUGCUUCAUGGUCUUGUGGGCAACAAUGUACCAAACUGCUGAGCUGUGGAAAACAUAAUUGCAAGGAUAAUUGCCAUGAAGGCAUUUGCGCAACUUGUCCACACACAAGUCUUCAAUCUUGUACUUGCGGGAAACACAGAGAGGAAAGACCUUGCUCUGAUCCUAAGUGGAAAUGCUCUGAUGAAUGCAAUAAACUACUUUCAUGUGGAAUUCACAAAUGUGAUAAGGUCUGCCAUACUGGAAAUUGUGGGGAUUGCCCUAGGUCAGGCUGGAGAACAUGUCCCUGUGGUAAAAGCAAUACCAACGAUCUUCCAUGUUCAGAGGAUGUUCCUACAUGCAAUGAUACAUGCGGCAAAAGUCGUGGAUGUUACGGAGGACACAAAUGUACACGAAGAUGCCAUUAUGGCAGUUGCGGACCUUGUUCGAUUGUCAUUGAAAAGCAAUGCAGAUGUGGGAAGAAAAAAAAAGAAAUGCCUUGUCAUAAAGAAUUCACAUGUGACAUGAAAUGUCAAAAAAUGAGAGAUUGUGGAAAUCAUCAAUGCAAGAGAAAGUGUUGUGAGGGUGAUUGUCCAAGAUGUGAACAAGUUUGUGGACGUAUGUUACAAUGCAAACGACACAAGUGUCAGUCAAAUUGUCACAGAGGUCCUUGCUAUCCAUGCAUUUUAACUUCUCGUGUCACGUGCAAUUGUGGCAGUACAGGGAUUACUGUUGUAUGUGGCAAGGAAAAAACAACAAAACCGCCAAGGUGUAAGAAACCGUGUAAGAUUCCAUCAUCUUGCCAUCACCCCACAAGACGACCACAUAACUGUCAUUUUGGUCCGUGCAAAAGAUGUACGCAGGUUUGCAGUAUUGUGAUGAAAUGUGGACAUUCCUGCCCUGCUGAUUGCCACGAUGAAGUUUUAGUGAAAAAUGAGCAGGUCAAAGCAGCCGGACCGUGGGAAUUGCCUUAUCAAUCUGAAACAACUAUUAAGUGCAUACCUUGUCCUCCUUGUAAGUCUCCUGUUCCCAAAGUUUGUCUCGGAGAUCAUGAAAGGUCUAAUUUGCCAUGUUUCGAAGCAAGGAGGUAUUGCUGUGGCCGGAAAUGUGGUCGUCUCUUAAAAUGUGGAAAUCAUACAUGUUCUCUCUUAUGUCACACAGUGGAGGGUUCCUUAGAUCAGAAAAUGGCUGGUAAAAAUUGUGCUGCAUGUGAAGAGCCAUGUACAAAACCUCGGCCAGAAGGCUGCAUUCACUCGUGUUCACAGCCUUGUCAUUCUAACCCCUGUGAACCUUGUAAAAAACGUAUCAGAAAAAGAUGUCACUGUGGCCUUGUUAUAUUACAUCACCUUUGCAGUGAAUGGACAGCUGCCGAUGACCUUACGAAACUUGAGAUUGAGUCUUGUGGCAAUAACUGUCCCAAACCAUUAUCAUGCGAUCAUUAUUGCACAAAGCUCUGCCACCCAGGACCUUGCCCCGGUCCAGAAACAUGUACCAAGAAAAUGAUUAUCAAAUGUCCGUGCAAAAGAAGGAAAAAGGAUUUUGUUUGUCCAGAAGUUCGAAAUGGAGCAAAAGUGGAAUGUGAUUCAGUGUGUGAAGAAAUAAAAGCAAAGUCAAAUGAGGAAAAGGAGGAGAAAUUGAGACAAAAAAAAGAUGAAGAGGCCAGAAUUCGGCAAAUAGAAUUAGAGAAAUUCGAUCGAAGAAUGCAAAAAACCUCAAAAUCUCGCAGACGAAGAAAGUUGUCUGAUCAAGUCGAUGAUGAUAGCAACUCAUCUAUCAUUAGAAACAAAUAUUUUCAAAUACCGAUGUUCCUCAUUGUGAUAUCUGUUUUAGUUGCUUUUGCAUAUAAUCUAGUUUUGCAAUCCAAAUGAUUUUCAUUGUGUAUUACUCAAAUCGCUAACUUGCAUAGCGCAAACUUUUAAAUUCUUUCAAUCAAUCAAACCUAGCAUAGGUGCAAUCUACAUAAAGUACAUCAGCAAAUGAUGUCUGGUGACAAAUUAACAAGAAAUAUGUUUUAUUUAGUGUUGUAUUUCCUUUUCUCUCAAGUCAAUUUAUGUGUUAUUUGAAGUUUAGUUCGUUGUAUUGUUAAUAUAUGGUGCUCACUAUUUAUCAUAAAA